AUGCGUGAAGGAGAGCAGAAAAGAAAGGGGAAGCCACUGCUGUUUGAGAAAACAACAGUCACGGCCAACCAGGACUGUCACAAGGCCAGGGAGGAGGCGGCCGUGGCUAAUCAAAUCCGAAUGUGGACCCAACUCAGGGGUGGGGACCCUGGGUUGGCCGGACAGAUGCAGGCGGGGCGGCCCCCUCCUAGGAGAGCAAACCCACUCCAGCCGCCACUGGUUCUCCGUAGCGGCGGGGACCCAGUAGCUGUCAGCUCUGGAUGUCGCCUCCGCAAAGCGGAGCCUAUGCUUCUUCGCAAGCGGCUCUCUCUUUGGGACAAGCCCCUCCCGCAGCCCGCAGCUCCCCGCAUCCCCCGGCGCCCCGUGUCCCCAGUCCCGCAGCCCCACACCUUGCCGCAGCGGCGCGCGCGCCAGCUCAGACCGGUCCUCGGGGAAGGCGUCGCGGAGGCGCUUGCACAGGCGGCCCAGGUCCGCGAAGCUGCGGUGCAGGUAGAGCACGCUGCGGUCCGACCACUCGGUGCGGAUCUCGAAGAACUCCUCCUCAUCGCCACGCCGGCUGACGAUGAGCCUGCGGAUCCCGUUCACCCAGCAGCCGCGCACGAACAUGUUCACGAGAGAUGUGCCCUCAAACACCGCCGAGGCCAUGCCGCGGGCGGCGCAUGCCCCUGCCGCCGGGGGCGCCCUCGGCCCCCCGCCUGGGGUCCGCCUGGGCAGAGUGGGGUCCGGGCAGGGGCGAUCAGGGGUUCUCCGUGGGACGCGGUCGAUCUCCCGCAACGGCAGUUAAGAGUCCCAGUGGGGAGAAGUUGGUGCCCCGCGAUGUGUCCCAGCUCUGCUCGCACUCUGGGGCGGCUACGUGCGGCCCGCGCUCAGGGCGGCGCCGCCAGGAGUCUGUCCGACUGCACGGGCUGCGGCUUUAUAAGGCACUUCCCAUCGCGGGCGGCGCGGGCGUCGACGUCGAGUCCCGGCUGCGGCGCCUCCCUCCUGCCUCCCGCUGACCCGCCGCGGGCGGUCCCGGCCCGGAGCUCCACGCACAGCGCCGCCUCCUCAGUCUGCGGGCUGCUAGGCGGGGCGGGACCUGCGCUCUCCCGGCGCGCAGGGCGACUUUCUUCUCGUUCCUACUCCAUAUCCUCGGGAUUCUCCAACCCGGAGUUGAGCACUCAGUUAGGCCCACACGGGGGUGGGAUCGACACGUCGCUGGAGUCCAGAGUCCCGGGGCGGUGCCGCACGGGGCGGGGGACGCGGGCUCCUACCAAGCGGGAAUCGGGGACAGUGGGACUGGUGCAGGACCCCGCGCCGCCCUCGAUCGGCCCGGACUGGGCCGGGACUCGGGCUGGCCCGCCCCGUGUCCCCUCGGUUACCGGCGUCUCCGCCCCGGGUCCUCCCGCGCAUUCCGGUCGUGCCUUAGCUUGACGGAGGCCCGAGACGCGGCGGGACAGACUGACUGGAGGACAAGACCGUGUGCUUCUUAGAAGAGGACCCCCGCCCCGGAGGUCGGCCGGCCGGCCACCCUUGGGGUUGUCCACCAACAAAUUAUGGGACAGAAUCGUAGUGGACAGUGGUCCCUGGAGAGAGCAACUGGGAGAAGCUUAGGAAGUCCUACUGGCAGAGCUGCCCACUGAGAAUGAAUGUAUCACACUGCUGCCAACUGAAAAACUGUCUAGCAUUAAGGAUUGUAAGUUGAUUCCAGACACAUUCUUCUGCCCACAACAGGGGAGAAAGACUGUGCUUUUUACACUGUUCCGAAGAGUCAGUGAACAGAAACAUCAGAAGUUGGCAACAGAGUGAAGAGAAAAAAAAAGUACCAGAAAGACUGGAAGCCUUUUCCCCAGCUGACCCUGAGUGACCCAUGUAUUUGGCAACAGACUGCAUCAUAAAAGCAGGGACCUCAGAGCUGUGAGCAGGUUUCAGGGAUUGACUGGUAUGAGUUUCAGCAGCCCAAGAGCAUGGGGAGGUCAUUAUUUCUAGACAAAGGAGGAAGCCAGGGGUAGGGACCUCCAGAGCAGGGACCUAGCCCCAAACCAAGGUGUAAAAUAAGCCUGGGUGCUCAACCUAGAGCACGGAGUGAGGAUGAGCCAGAAUUUGUUGCCCCAGGGAAACUUGGGAUCUGGUAGAGCCAGCUUUUGUAACCCCACCUACCCGCCUCUCUGGCCCAAUCUUCCCAGCAUUCAUAGUUGGAGCAAAGGCAGCCUGAUUUCAUCCCUUGCUUGGGGAGUUUGGAGACUUUUGCCUCACUAGUUACUCUGUCAACAAUAUGAUGUGCAUGAAGGCAUCCUGCAGUUUAUCUGUUUCUCCUCAAAACAGAAGCAAUGAGACCUCAGAGUCGUGUACAGUUUU